CACCACCCACAGCCAUCGCCCCAAGACCACUUCGUCGUCUUUGCUCUUCCGUCCCUCUUUUUGCCCUAUCUUUUUAGGGUUUCUAUGACCUUUGAACCUCUGAUUCUUCUCUUCGUACCCGUCUGCUUCUUUCUCUCCUGCCUUUUUGCUCUUGAUCGAAGGUUAUUUGGCUCUGAACGCGUCCGAUUUGACCUCCCGGGGUUCCUUCACCUGCAACCAUGUCAAAGCUCUUCGAUUAUACCGGAAAUGAUGCCUUCUGCCCCGGGGGGUCAAUAUACUCAAACAUCAAGGAUUCCAGCCUCUUUUUGUCCCUUGGUCGCCAUGUGGAUGUGUAUUUCCCUCCUCGCAAGAGAUCUCGCAUCAGUGCCCCAUUUGUUGUCAGCGGAGACAAGUUUGAGCAGAAGGAGCAGGUCUCCAUUGAUGUUCUUCCUGAUGAGUGCCUUUUUGAGAUCCUCAGACGGUUGCCUGAAGGCCAAGAGAAGAGUGCCUGUGCUUGUGUCUCCAAGCGCUGGCUUAUGCUUCUAAGCAGUAUCCAGAGAGACGAGAUCUGCAGUAACAAAACAACUGGGUUUUUGAAGCGUAAGGAAACUUUGAUUUCAAGAAACACAGAUGAGUCUUCUGAGGCUAAAAAGAAGGGUGGUGAUGAAGUGACGCCUGAGGCUGUAGAUCUGGAAAUUGAAAGUGAUGGAUACCUUUCCAGAUGCUUGGAAGGGAAGAAAGCAACGGAUGUCAGACUUGCUGCCAUUGCUGUUGGAACUGGUGGCCACGGAGGGCUAGGCAAGCUUUUGAUCCGUGGAAGCAAUUCUACUUGCAGGGUCACAAACCUUGGCCUUGGGGCAAUUGCUCGUGGUUGUCCUUCUUUGAGGGUUCUUUCUCUAUGGAAUGUAUCUUCAAUUGCUGAUGAAGGUCUGAUUGAGAUUGCUAAUGGGUGUCACCAAUUAGAGAAGCUUGACCUUUGUGGUUGUCCCACAAUUUCUGAUAAGGCUUUGGUUGCAAUUGCAAAGAACUGCCAUAAUUUGACUGCUUUAACAAUAGAGUCCUGCCCAAGAAUUGGGAAUGCGGGUUUGCAAGCUGUUGGCCAGUUCUGCCCCAAUUUGAAGUCCAUUUCAAUCAAGAACUGCCCUCUUGUUGGGGAUCAAGGAGUUGCAAGCUUGUUAUCAUCAGCCUCUUAUGCCCUGACAAAGGUUAAGCUCCAUGCUUUGAACAUCACUGAUGUGUCUCUUGCUGUGAUUGGACACUACGGCAAAGCCAUUACUGAUCUAGACCUUGCUGGCCUCCAAAACGUGGGCGAGAGGGGCUUCUGGGUCAUGGGUAGUGGUCAUGGACUGCAGAAGCUGAAGUCCCUCACCGUUACAUCCUGCCAAGGUGUGACAGAUAUGGGACUUGAAUCUGUGGGAAAGGGUUGCCCAAAUUUGAAACAGUUUUGCCUCCGAAAAUGUGCAUUCUUAUCUGACAAUGGCCUAGUCUCUCUAGCCAAAGUUGCAGCUUCCCUUGAGAGUCUACAACUGGAGGAGUGCCACCACAUUACCCAAUAUGGAGUUUUUGGUGCACUUGUAAGCUGUGGGGGGAAGUUGAAAUCCCUUGCUCUGGUGAACUGCUUUGGGAUUAAGGAUACUGUUGAGGGAUUGCCUCUAAUGACUCCUUGCAAAUCACUGAGCUCCUUGUCCAUCCGUAACUGCCCUGGAUUUGGUAAUGCUAGCUUGUGUAUGAUGGGGAAGUUGUGUCCUCAACUGCAGCGUUUGGACCUCAGUGGGGCCCUCAGAAUAACAAAUGCAGGGUUUCUGCCACUGCUUGAGAGCUGUGAGGCUAGUCUGAUAAAGGUUAAUCUUAGUGGUUGCAUGAAUUUGACGGACAAUGUGGUCUCAGCCUUGGCUAAGGUGCAUGGCGGGACUCUUGAACAGCUGAAUCUUGAUGGUUGCCAAAAGAUCACUGAUGCCAGCAUGUUUGCAAUUGCAGAAAACUGUGCAUUGCUUACAGAUCUUGAUGUUUCAAAGACUGCAAUCACUGACUAUGGCAUUGCAGCUCUGGCUUCUGCAAAACAACUCAAUGUGCAGAUCCUCUCCCUGUCUGGUUGCUCUUUGAUAUCAAACCAAAGUGUCCCAUUCUUGCGAAAAUUGGGUCAGACCCUGUUGGGGUUGAACCUUCAGCAGUGCAAUACAAUCAGCAGCAGCAUGGUUAACAUGCUUGUGGAGCAGCUAUGGAGGUGCGACAUCCUCUUCUAAGCAGGGAAGGAACAAAAGCCCCCUUUCAGAAUUAGGAUGGUUAGAUUCGCGAAGGAGGGUAAUCAACUAAUCAGGAAGUUUCAGCAUUCUAGUCAGCUUUCAUGGUAGCAGCAGUUUGUGUAGUUUUUGGGUCCAUCAGCUAUGGGUCUUGUCAAUCGGUAACCUGGCUUCUUUUUGCAGGGAGUAUGGCCAAUUCCUCCCUUUUUUUGCAGGUUUUCACCCAAUGAAGAUCUGUUGCAAGAGUUUUGGUCCCCAAUGAUGGGUAUCACAUUCUUUGUGGCCAUAUUUCCCCGAGAAUACAGUCGCCAGGUUAUGGAUUUGUUUCCUAUGUUCAUGGUUUUGUGUUGCUGGGUAUCGGUACCUGGUGUUUUAGCUUAGCUUUUCGCUGGUCUUGCCAGUAUGCUUCAACUAAGCUUUAUACCCCUUUCAGUAAACUUUUGGAGUCUGUCCACUGUAGGUUUUACAACCCUUCGCCUACUUGAGGGUUGGGUUGCUAUUUUCCUCAUAGGGUGGGUUAAGAUCUCGUAGUCAGUCAGUCACCUUUUGUUUGUGGUUGCUUUUAGCAGUUCGAAUUUUGGUGGCCUUUGUGUUCAUGGGUUUUGGCUGUGGCAGCACUAGUCUGCCAUUACAACCCUCCUCUUUUUUGGGGAGGUUGUUUUUUCCCUUUUGUCAAACCCUAGUUUUUCAGGCCUCUCAUCUUUCCUUCAACUGUACUCCGCAACCUCUUUAUUAUGUAAUGAAAUUCACAUCUCUUUUGUGUUGUAUGCUUCUUCUUGAAUAAAACUUUGUGGGUCUUUCAUA